AUGGCGCUGCGAGCCAGACCGUCGACCGCGCUACUGCCGUACCUUUCAGCAUCCGCAGCAUAUCUCUCAUCAACGACCUCGAACCUUAGCAAUUCUCAAACACGCCUGAUGGGGAAGCCGCUCGAGGGACAGAAAGGAGUUGUGCAGUAUGCACUAACCACUCUCGACCAAAUCGUCAACUGGACCAACCAAGGGUCCAUGUGGCCCAUGACGUUCGGUCUCGCGUGCUGCGCCAUCGAAAUGAUGCACCUCUCGAUGCCCCGCUACGACCAGGACCGGCUCGGCAUAUUCUUCCGCGCCUCGCCGCGGCAGUCGGACGUCCUCAUCGUGGCGGGCACGCUUACGAACAAGAUGGCGCCGGCUUUCCGGCAGGUGUACGACCAGAUGCCGACGCCGAAAUGGGUGAUAUCGAUGGGUAGCUGUGCGAAUGGGGGAGGGUACUACCACUAUAGUUACUCGGUGAUUGGCAUGCCCUCGAAAGCCCUGAAGCUUUCAUCAUCUGAGACGGCCGGCUCGCGUACCCGUUUCGGAAAGUGUUCGACGCGCAACCGUGGUUCAACGCAGCCAUAG